AUGCAGACCCCGUCUCCUCGGAAGCUUGUAAAGAAGGCGCGCUACUACAGCCAUGCGCUCUCCGACGAGGACAAGCAGGCUCUUAUCGUGGGCGAGAAAAACCACAACCUCAAGGAGUGGACGCCGAAGGAUUUGGUCAACCACCACGAGUCUCGCUCAGCGCUCCUUCCGCAUGGCAUGGAAAAGCCAGACAAGACCCACGCACCUGCAGACAUCGACCAAGACACGCAGCAGAGCCAGCGGUCUCUUUCCAAACUGGCAGACAAGGAGAACGAGCCUACUUACACCGAGACGCAGCAGAGCUCUCAGUCGCUGCACGAUCUUCGUUCCUCAAGCAUGCCCCCACCACAACUUCCGCCCAUCUCACUGACCCCUCUGCUCUUUCCCGACCAUCCUCCGCUAGAGCUGCGAGCAGUCCACACCCGAGCUUCGAGUAGCGGCGACUACUUCUCACGCACGCCCGGUGCGCCCUCAUCGCAUCCGUCUUCUGGCCGUAACUCCGGUACAUCGAGCCGCGUGCGCAGCCCGUUGUCCAAGGAGUUUCAGCCGUUCCAGCAUAAUCCCCAGACGACGUUUGAUGCUUUCCUCGCACCCCAUAAGCUGGGCAAGGGCGAGGCGUAUCGCGACUCUGAUAAUGCGAAGAAGCCGAAGACGCCGAAGAAUUCGCCGGUAGGUAGUCCUAAGACGUCUCUUCGUCGGCUGAGCAAGAUGCCGUCUAUGCCGUCUUUGCGAAAGUGGAGCCCGCAGCCUGAUACUUCUGCGGAGGAGUAG